CAUUACCGCGAAAAGAUGAAGUUCAUCGCAGCUGGAUUAACUCUUCUGGUCUGCUCCAUCCAGCUGGGUGAAGGAGCACCUGGCAAACUGCUGGACUCCAGUUGUGGCACGACGAGGGCAGGAAUUAUCCCAAUAAUCACCGGGGGCGCAAGCGCAGCCCCAUUCUCAAAUCCAUGGAUGGUAAAGGUGAUAGGCGAGAAACUAUGUGGUGGCUCUCUAAUCACCAGUCGCUUCGUUCUCACGGCCGCCCAUUGCAUCGUGACGACACACAUGUAAGUGCGCAGCACUGCCUUUCGGCGAACACUUACGAAUUCCCAUUUCCAUAGGAGAGUGCGCUUGGGCGAUUACAACACCCGCUUUCCUGGCAAGAAUUGCUCGCCGUCGGGCUGCGUGCCCACGGCCUAUGAACUCGCUGUGGAUACGAAGAUUGUGCAUGCGGAUUUUAACGAAAGCUUGGACAACGACAUCGGCCUGCUGCGCAUGGAGAGCUUCGUCCUGUACUCAGACUAUGUCCAGCCGAUCUGUAUCCUAGUCGAGGGACACAUGACGGAAAGUCCCGCCUUCAACAUCACCGGCUGGGGUGCCACCAACGAUGGCAAGCCCAGCCGGACGCUCCAGCAGGCCACUGUGUACAACGCCGAACUCAACUUUUGCCGAAAAAAGUACCCCAUGAGGAAGGUGGAUGAGUCGCAGAUUUGUGCUGCAAGCACAUAUAGCGAUGCAUGCAGCGGCGACUCGGGAGGCCCGCUGAGCGCACAGGUUCCUCUUGCCGACCGCUUGCUGACCUUCCAGUACGGAGUGGUCAGCUACGGGUCCGAGGGAUGCCACUCCUUCUCCGUUUACACCAACGUUACCCACUACAGGGACUGGAUAGUGGACGCCAUCAAACACUUCAGCGGAUCCUUGAAACGCUAUACGCAACGAAGCCUCGCUUCCACUGAGGUGGGGGCAGAAUUCUGGGGAAGAACGCACAUUCACAUUCACUUAUAUGGAGGCGAUUUGUUUGUUGUAAUAAGUAACAUCUUCAUUCGGCGCGCUAUAAAAGGGCGCUCGUGCGGGCAUUGGCUCAUACUUCGCUUCGACAUGAACGUCUUCUUGGUGGCAGCGUGUCUUCUUCUCGGUCUCCUCCUCAGAGGAGGAUCGGCCUACCUGCUGGAGGAGAACUGUGGAGCCGGGGCGAGCAUGACCAGAGUGCGGCGGGUAGUGGGAGGCCACGAUGCCAAGAGCCUGGCGCAUCCGUGGAUGGUUAUGGUGCACACGGAUUCUCGCUUUGCCUGCGGCGGCUCGCUCAUCACCUCCCGUUUUGUGCUGACGGCAUCCAGCUGCUCCACGCUGCCCAUCAAGAAAGUUCUGCUCGGCGGACAUGACCGGGAUUUGCCAGCAACAUUCCUGGAGGUCAGCAUCGAUCGAAACAUCUCGCACCCACAGUUCGAUCCGCUGAAUCCCUUCAAGCACGACAUAGCCCUGCUGCGCAUGGCGCAGGAAGUUCCCUUCUCAGACCGCAUCAGGCCCAUCUGUCUGUCCAUCAACCAGCCCUUGGAGAAGGUUCAGUUUUACACCCUCACUGGCUGGGGUCGCACCGCUGACGAUAAGCCCAGCCGCAUCCUCCAGGAGACCACUUUGUCUGCGCUCGAACAUGCGCGUUGCAAGAGCAAGUUCAACGUCCAAGUCGAUCAGUCCCAAUUCUGCAGCACUGGCGUGGACGGCGAGGCCUGCUCUGGGGAUUCCGGAGGCCCGCUGAGCGCGGAGCUGCUCUUCGGGUUCAAGAAGCGGGCUUUCCUGCUCGGACUUGUCAGCUACGGGGAUGCAUCCUGCAGGAGCUUUGGCGUGGCCACGAAUGUGACGCACUACGUCGACUGGAUCAAGGCAACCAUCGACGAGAACUCAAGUUAAAGCAUUUAGAGACCAAGUCAAUUGAGAAUUUCAAUUUGUUGCUACUUAAGAAAUCUGCAAUUGAAAUAUUAAUUUAACAACGGUUAAAGAAACAACAGAA